GGCUGACCCACACGGCAAACAUGGGUCUUUGGAGAAAACAAACUACCCAAGCUCAAGAAACUGAGCAAUUCGACAUCAGGGGAAUUGUAAAUGAGUUUAAGAAUACUAUUUGUGCAUAUCAACACCAGAAAGAAGGAAUGGACAUUGAAGUGUCCCAUGUAAAAAGAAAAGAAAUCCCUUUGUUUGUUUUUCCUGGUGGAGUGCGUCCUUCUCGUACUUCUAGAACAACGCACAAGAACAGCCGUGCCAUUCCAACACGUGAUGUUUCAGCUGAUGAUCAAGUGGGAAACCUAUUGGGCGUUGCCAGUUGUAGUGAUGCUCAACAUGUACCAUGUAAAGGCAGUUAUAUGAAACAACCAGAACCAGAUUUUGCUGGAGGCUUUCAGUUGCCAGGAAGUAUUUCUCUGUUGCCCCCUAGCUUACCCAAUAAAGUAGUUCUGAAUGGGUCUGCUAAUUUUCAUGCAGAAUCUAUUGAGAGUGAACAUCCAGAACACUAUCAGGAAAUUCAAAAAGGGAAUGUGCAGGCGGUGCUGCAAACAACUUGCUGAAGUUAUCCCCAGCUAUUCCAGCCACACCUGAUGAACUUGAUGAGCUGGUAUCCUAUCAAACUAAUCAGAAAGAUGUAAAUGCUGAAAAUAACUUGGAGAUCGGUUCUGAAAAUAACUUGGAACAAAUAUGCAGUCUGAGGCCCCAAGAAUCUAAUAAUAAUCUGAAGCGUAAAGUCAAUCAAGAGCUUGAGGUAUGAUAUUCUCCGACAAACCAAUACCUGAUUUUUCUCUGCCCUUCCCUAUGAGCUGUGACCUUGCAUUUUUCUAUAGUUUCAGUUAGAAUGCCCAGUUACUGUGAUAUAGUGGCAAUUAAUAAAAUGUAAAU